AGGAAGCAUCCACCCCAAGCCAAAGGAAAAUAGAAUAAAGAGCCGCCCUUUGUCCUCCUCCUCCUCUUCCUCUUCUCUCCUCUUUCCCUUCCCCUUCUCUUCCCUCUCCACGGACCGGAACGCGCCAUGACGAGCUCCUCCACGCCGUCCCGCAAGGCGCUGAGCAAGAUCGCCUGCAACCGGCUGCAGAAGGAGCUCGCCGAGUGGCAGGUCGGCCCGCCCGCCGGCUUCAAGUACAAGGUCUCCGACAACCUCCAGAGAUGGGUGAUCGAGGUGGGCGGGGCGGAGGGCACGCUCUACGCCGGCGAGACGUACCAGCUGCAGGUCGACUUCCCCGAGCAUUACCCCAUGGAGGCACCUCAGGUCAUUUUCCUCAACCCGGCGCCGAUGCACCCGCACAUUUACAGCAACGGGCACAUCUGCUUAGAUAUACUGUAUGACUCGUGGUCGCCUGCGAUGACUGUAAGUUCAGUCUGUAUCAGCAUCUUGUCGAUGCUGUCUAGCUCGCCAGCAAAGCAACGCCCGGCGGACAAUGAUCGCUACGUUAGGAACUGCCGCAACGGGAGGUCGCCCAAGGAGACCCGAUGGUGGUUUCACGACGACAAAGUAUGAGGGGGCAUCGAAUCGAUUGGCUCUUCUGGCCACCCCAUACUCGCCAGCCAGCCUUCCUUACUGUGAAAGAAAUCUCUUCCAAGGGGAGAUGAGAUGAGAUGAGAUGAUUUAGGCUUAAAAAUUUAAGCUAAGCAACCCCUCUAUCGUACCGCGGAUCUUAACAUGCUGUGGUGGUUUGUACAUGAGCUCAACACAUGUCGUCGAAACGUGAAUAUAUCAUCGCUACCGACGAUAAGAUAUAUAUAUAGAAUAAGCAAGUGUAACCUGUCGGUGCGCGCAAAAGGAAUGCAGAUUUAUCUAUAUGAUUUGCUACAUUGUUUCGUGCUA